AUGUUGUCCAAACAGCUUUUAAUGAAUAAAUCACUUACUCGUCAGGCUAGGCUCUUGUGCUUAAGCUCAAGAUUGAUGAAGCCGGCAGCAGCUACGGAGUACUUGGCUACCGCUGGUUCCACACAAUCAGCAUGGCCAAAAGGUUUUAGGGAAGCAAGGCCAAAGACAUGGGAAGAGAGCCAUGAAAGCGCAUUGAGUAAAGCAACAAAGUUUUUUUUCUUAAAUGAGAUUGCAAGAGGAAUGUACGUUUGUUUGGAAAUGUUUUUCAGAUCACCUUACACUAUCUAUUACCCGUUUGAAAAGGGACCUAUAUCUCCGAGAUUUAGAGGUGAGCAUGCUUUAAGGAGGUACCCCAGUGGAGAGGAAAGAUGCAUUGCUUGUAAAUUAUGUGAGGCCAUUUGCCCGGCUCAAGCUAUCACAAUCGAAGCUGAGGAGAGAGUAGAUGGCUCGAGAAGAACUGUAAAGUAUGAUAUAGAUAUGACCAAAUGCAUCUAUUGUGGCUAUUGUCAAGACUCUUGUCCGGUUGAUGCUAUUGUUGAGCUGCCAAACGUCGAGUAUGCCACUCAAACAAGAGAAGAAUUAUUAUAUAAUAAGGAAAAACUAUUGGCAAAUGGCGACAAGUGGGAGCAGGAACUUCAAUUUUGUAUUGAUGCCGAUGCUCCAUACCGUUAA